GUGCCUUCUGACAUUUCAUAUAUCAUCCGUUUUCCUUACGUAUCGCACGUAAAUCAUUGUGUUGAAAUAAUUUGAGAAAAAGUUUUGUUAAUAUCUGCUUAUCUAUUUCCCGUGGUUAUAGUUUUAAAAACAUAUACGCGAAAUGGCUAUGUCAAAAACGACAAACACCUAUAAUAGGCAAAAUUGGGAAGACGCCGAAUUUCCGAUUCUUUGUCAAACUUGCCUUGGAGACAAUCCUUAUGUGCGAAUGAUCAAGGAACGGUUUGGUAAAGAAUGUAAGAUUUGUACCCGUCCGUUUACUAUAUUUCGUUGGUGCCCAGGAGCGCGUAUGCGUUUUAAGAAAACAGAAAUCUGCCAGACAUGUGCUCGGCUGAAAAAUGUGUGUCAAACAUGUUUACUGGACCUGGAAUAUGGACUUCCUAUACAAGUGCGCGAUGCGGCACUGAAAGUGGUAGAUAAUAUACCCCAGAGCGAUGUCAAUAAAGAAUACUAUAUACAAAAUAUAGAUCGCGAUUUAGCAGACGGUGAUGGUACUGAAGCUGCUGGUACUGUCGGACGUUCAUUGGCCGCAAAUGAAAUGCUAGCGAAAUUGGCACGUACUGCUCCAUAUUACAAACGUAAUCGCCCACAUAUUUGCUCGUUUUGGGUUAAAGGUGAGUGUAAACGUGGAGAAGAAUGCCCAUAUCGCCAUGACAAGCCAAAUGAACCCGAUGAUCCACUUUGUGAGCAGAAUAUAAAAGAUCGUUAUUACGGACGCAACGAUCCGGUUGCUGAGAAAAUUAUGAAGCGGGCCGCAACUUUGCCUACAUUAGAACCCCCUGAAGAUCGGAAUAUCACAACGUUAUACGUUGGAAAUUUGCCUGAAGAAAUAACUGAACCAGAGUUACGCGACCACUUUUAUCAAUUUGGCGAGAUCCGAUCUAUAGCACUAGUGCCACGACAACAGUGUGCUUUCGUACAAUAUACCAAGCGCGGAGCAUCCGAGCUGGCAGCGGAACGUACUUUCAACAAAUUAGUUUUGCAUGGACGUAAAGCAACUAUAAAGUGGGCACAUUCCCAAGCCAAGCAGGGUGGUGUAGCUAAGACAGACAGACGUUUUGAAGUUCCCGCUGUGCCGCCCACUCCCGUUGCUAACCCCAAUGAUUUUUUCAAUCUACAACAAGAGCAGGUGACCGUACUACCUCCUGGCAUGAAACUACAUCAAAUACCGCCCAGCCUCAUACCAGCGUCUUCGUACCAAAUGUAUUCGCAGGCCUAUGCUGCGCCAUACUCAAAUAUUCCAAUGCCGUCUACUUCGACGGCGGUUUUGGACGCUAUACCUCCACCACCAACAGGAGGCGCACCAGGUCAUGUACACUAUCCUAGUCAGGAUCCUAGCCGGUUGGGUGCAGUAAAAAAAUGAUAGUAAAAAUAUGCUUAUUCUUGUAUAAUGCUGAAUAAAUACUAAUUUCAU